AUGUCGAGUCCUGGCUUCGCCAGCUCACCAAAUCCCGCGGGAAUACCUCAAUGGAUCUGUAAAUAAUGAAGAUAAUAAUUAAUACUAUUACGAUAUAGCGUGGACCACGGUAAAAAGCGUAACCUAAAAAUAACAGCGGAAAACAAAUGAGCAAGUCAAGUCGGGAAUCAGGUGAUAUACCGACGUUAAAAUUUUCAGGAAGCCGACAGGACAGCCGAUAGUUGCCUGACGACUUACACCUUUUUGCGUGUUUCUCGUGUGAAAACUUCCGGGAAACCUUUCAAGCAAAGGCGGCCCGCGAACCAGGGAAUUCUCAACAACCUCCAUAUCAGCGAGCAUCUCCCGUCAACUUUGUCUUCCUCAUCAAUUUUGACGACAUGACGAAAGCAGCAAGGGACCGUUACCUUAUACCACUCUCCUGAACCGUGGAUUACUAUCGACUUUCAGAUUUCGUGUUUCGACAAGUACACCGUACUUGCACAAUAAUCGUCGUUGAUAACACACAUUUACACUUACCGAACAGUAAAAGCACUCGAUCACCAAUCGUUCGAUCAAUUGACCACAGCUUAUAUUCUUCUACGGUACGUCGUCUUCUUUCUGAUCAAGAAUUUGUCUAGCUUAUCGACAGAACAAUGACAGAAUACCAGAUCUUGUUUUUCAAUGAGUGCGUUUCAUCAGAAUGUUUUCACUAUGCUCGAAACUACACGCAGUUAAUCCUUCUUAUUACGAUAAUUACAAGUAAUAUACACGGAGAAAUUUCUCAGAAUUAAUGGAAUUAAAUAAUAUUAAAAAUAUAAUUUAGAACGUGUUAUUUAUUCGCUUUAUUUGUAAUCCAAUCAUAUGUGGUUUUUUGGACAAAUUGGAUUUAUUAGAGAGUAUGAUACUUCUUGCAUUUAUCACUAUUUCAGAAAAAAUAAAAAACUUGAUAUAUAAUUAUAUAUUUUUUGCAUUGGGAUAAAAUUUUACUUUUUGUAUUACUAAUUAUUAUUUCUCAUGAAAUAAGCGAGAAUUGUUAAAAAUUUAUUUAAAUCCCAAGAAUUUCCAAUCAAGGGAUUACAAUGUUACAAGAAAAUUUAGUAUGGCAACAUUGGUAGUCCUGGCUUCUCUCUUUCGGUCGGUUGAUCGAGCGUGUAUGUUGCUGUGAUAAACAAAGUUAUAAAUCGCAGGUAAUCUCAGUUUUUUGAAUUCAUCCGGUACAAAUUAAUUACAAAUUAGUUUCUAGCUUUAAUAAUUGAUUGAUUAAUAAUAAUAUUUUGUGUUAUUGUAACAUUCAAGAAAGUAUAAAGUUCGUGGAAUAGUGCUGUUUUUCAUUAUUAUUAUUUUGUUUUUUAAUUAAAUUUAAAUUAUAUUCGUUAAAUUCUCGAUUGUUAUUUUAUUCAAAUUAAUGAUAUUGAAUCGCUCGCAUUUAUAAAAAGAUAAAAUUACAUUUUUAAAUCUGUUUUGUUUCUUUCAUAGGUUAUGUUUCAUUGACAUUUUGAAAUACGUUUUAAAUACGUUUUUUUAAGAAAUAGUCUUUAAAUAUUUUGCUAACUUAAAAUCACAUUUUGUUUUCAGCCAUGGUGCGUAUGAACGUUCUUAGCGAUGCUCUCAAAUCCAUUAACAAUGCCGAAAAGCGUGGAAAAAGACAGGUGCUGUUAAGGCCCUGUUCAAAAGUAAUCAUCAAAUUUCUAACUGUAAUGAUGAGAAAAGGAUAUAUUGGAGAAUUUGAGAUUGUUGACGAUCAUCGCAGUGGUAAAGUUGUGGUAAAUCUUAGUGGAAGACUGAACAAGUGUGGUGUAAUUUCACCUAGAUUUGAUGUUCCAAUUAAUGAUAUUGAAAAAUGGACUAACAACCUGUUGCCAUCUCGACAGUUUGGAUACGUUGUUUUGACCACAAGUGGAGGAAUUAUGGAUCACGAAGAAGCUAGAAGAAAACAUCUUGGAGGCAAAAUACUUGGAUUUUUCUUCUAAUGUUUAUUUAAUUCAAUAAAAAUUUCUUAAUGCUAAGAGAAUUAUUUUUCUAUGUUUAUCAGAUGUGAUACCUACCCAUAUUUAUCAGAAAUGACUACCUUUUGUACCUGAUUUUCAACCCUUGAUAUUUUUGUAGUAAUUU